AUGUCUUGCUAUACUGCCGCCCACGCAAACCCCCAAGGCCCAGGUGACUCGCGACCCACAGCUUUGCAAAUCAUCCAAGAUAACAACAUGGAAGGCAAGCUGGUGGGAAAAGUUGCCAUUGUGACAGGCGUGUCUUCUGGGAUUGGAGUCGAGACCGUCCGCGCCCUCGCAGCCACCGGAGCAACCCUCUACCUGACGGCCAGGAACCCGGACAAAGCCCGCGCAGCUCUUGGCGACAUCUUCCAGCCUGAAACCAUGGAGCUCGUGCAAAUGGACCAGACCUCUCUGUCCAGUGUGCGACAGGCCGCGGCGGCCAUCCUCGCCAAGACCGAUCAAGUGAAUAUCCUCAUUGCCAACGCCGGAGUCAUGGCCGUGCGGGAUCUCCAGCUCACAGAGGAUGGGUACGAGUUGCAAUUCGCGACAAACCAUCUCGCCCACUUUCUGUUCUUUCAGCUUCUCAAGCCUGCCCUGCUCGCCGGGAGCAGUCCCACGUUCCAGUCCCGGGUUGUCAUGGUGGCGUCGUCGGGACAUAGGGUCCAUGGCAUCAACGAGUCAGACAAUUAUCAUUUUCAGAAGGGAGCAUAUGAGCCCUGGGUUGCGUACGGACAGUCCAAAACAGCCAAUAUCUAUAUGGCCAGUGAGAUUGAACGUCGCUAUGGGUCUCGCGGGCUGCAUGCGACGAGUCUCCACCCUGGGGUGAUUGCUACAUCACUGGGAAGACAUAUGACUGAAGAACAAAUUCACGAUUUGGUGCAUGAUGAGACGGUGGCAAAAGUCCUAAAGAGCCCAGCGCAGGGAGCUGCGACAACUAUAUGGGGUGCUGUUGGCAGCGAGUGGGAGGGCAAGGGCGGGAAGUUUCUUGCUGACUGUGCCGAGGCAGUGCAGGCUGAAUAUGACGGUCAUAUUGGAAGGACGUUUGUGAGUUAUACGUACAGCCCUGAGGAGGAGGAUCGACUGUGGAGGGACUCGUUGGAGAUGGUUGUAAUCAUCCUCGAAGAACUCUCCAUUCCAUACACCAUCAGAUCAUUCAAAUUCGAUGACGUCAAGAAACCCCCCUUUAUCGAUAUCAAUCCCAAUGGACGCGUACCAGACCCCAACACCAACCUAACACUAUGGGAAUCCGGCGCUAUAAUCCAAUACCUGAUUGACAUUUACGACACCACCCAUAAAAUCAGUUAUGAGACGCUCAAUGAGAAACAUCUUUUGAAUCAGUACCUACAGUUUCAGAUGAGUGGGCAAGGGCCGUAUUAUGGGCAGUGUGGAUGGUUCAACGUCCUCAGCCCCGAAAAACUCCCUAGCGCAAUAACCCGCUACCAAAACGAAGUCCACCGGGUGUUGGGCGUUCUCAACACCAUCCUCACCAACAAAACCUGGCUGGUGGGGGAUAAAUGCACAUAUGCGGAUUUGGCCUUCUUACCGUGGAAUAACCGAUUGGAUAUGUUGAUUCCCCGUGAUGAGGGGGGAGAGAUUCUGGAGGCGUAUCCGUGGGUGCAGGGGUGGCAGAAACGGAUGGAGGAGAGGGAGUCGUGGAAAAGGUCGAUGGAGGUGAGGGCGGGGUUGAUGGAUGAGCAGGGGUUGAUGGUGAAUGGGAUGCCCAAGGGGGUGAAUAAUAUUCGGGAAUAUGAGGAGUUGAUUGCGAAAUCGGAGGGGGGGAAAUUGGAGGGGAAAGGGGAGGGGGUGGAUGAGCAGGAGGGGGUGUUGGGGUGUGUUGGUAUUGGAAAAAAUGUCAAGAUGGGGAAGGUGAUUGUUGAUGAGAAGAAGGAGGAUGAGGAUGAGAGGUCGGAUGAGGAUGCGGGAGUGUUGGGAUGUGUCGCUAUUGGGAGGGUUUAACUAAUCUAUGUAUUAUGAUAUAAUGUCUUUUUCUGUGUUGGAUAAUUGAGUAUCUCUUAUGUGAUGGGUCAGGGGUGAACAGCAACAAUGGGAAUAGGAGUAUUCAAGCUUUUAACCCUAGCACAAUGGUAUAUACAGUCCAAAAAAUCAAUCCCAGCAGCAGCACU